AUGAAUGAAUAAUAAUAACCUACUAGAGAAACACCAAUGCUUUUGAACAUAUCAAAAUUAUCAAAAGGAUCAUUAUAGAGAUAUCAAGUAAAAUUAUUAUCUAAUUUGAUAUAAUUAGACAUAUUAUUAGAAAGAGUAGCCAUUCUUAGAUUAAAAUAACACAUAAACAUUAGAAUAAAAAGUUUAGAGUCAUUUUGAAUAAUUGAAAUUAGAUGAUAAAGUAGUGUUGGAGAAAUUUCUAAGAUUAAAAAAAGAUGAAACAUAAGCAGCUUUAGCUAAAAGAAACCCUCGUAAAAAACCAUGA